CGUCCGUGUUAUACUGUAGGCUUGCAGGCAUCUUCCUUCCAGCUCCUUGAAACCAUGAAGCUCUUCAGCCAGCUGGAGAUAUGCCGUUGCGCUUCCUCUGUUCCAGCUCUCAGGACAAAACUUGCCAAUGGCACUUCCAGUAUGAUUGUGCCCAAGCAAAGGAAGCUGUCCGCGAGCUAUGAGAAGGAGAAGGAGCUCUGUGUCAAGUAUUUUGAGCAGUGGUCCGAGUCCGACCAGGUGGAGUUUGUGGAGCAUCUCAUCUCGCAGAUGUGUCAUUACCAACAUGGACAUAUCAACUCGUACCUCAAGCCCAUGUUACAGAGGGACUUCAUCACAGCGCUACCAGCUCGGGGAUUGGAUCACAUCGCCGAGAACAUCCUGUCGUACCUGGAUGCCAAGUCGUUAUGCGCCGCCGAGCUGGUGUGUAAGGAGUGGUACCGAGUGACAUCCGACGGCAUGCUGUGGAAGAAGCUUAUCGAGAGAAUGGUCAGGACGGACUCGCUAUGGAGGGGGCUGGCGGAGAGGAGAGGAUGGGGACAGUAUCUAUUUAAAAACAAGCCUCCCGAUGGCAAUGCCCCACCCAACUCCUUCUAUAGAGCACUUUAUCCCAAAAUUAUACAGGACAUCGAGACGAUCGAGUCCAACUGGCGGUGCGGCAGGCACAGUUUACAGAGAAUCCACUGUCGGAGCGAGACCAGUAAAGGGGUUUAUUGUUUACAGUACGACGAUCAGAAGAUAGUCAGUGGCCUCCGUGACAAUACCAUCAAGAUCUGGGAUAAGAACACGCUGGAAUGCAAGCGCAUCCUGACUGGACACACGGGUUCUGUGCUGUGCCUGCAGUAUGACGAGCGGGUGAUCAUUACCGGCUCCUCUGACUCGACCGUCAGGGUAUGGGAUGUCAAUACAGGCGAGAUGCUGAACACACUGAUUCACCACUGCGAAGCAGUGCUGCACCUGCGCUUCAACAACGGCAUGAUGGUGACGUGCUCCAAAGACCGGUCCAUCGCCGUCUGGGAUAUGGCGUCUCCAACAGACAUUACCCUGAGAAGGGUCCUGGUCGGACACAGGGCCGCCGUCAACGUAGUGGACUUCGAUGACAAGUAUAUUGUAUCAGCGUCGGGUGAUAGGACUAUAAAGGUCUGGAACACGAGUACCUGCGAAUUUGUGCGCACCUUAAAUGGACACAAACGAGGCAUCGCGUGCCUGCAGUACAGAGACCGGCUCGUGGUGAGCGGCUCCUCCGAUAACACCAUCAGGUUGUGGGAUAUCGAAUGCGGGGCAUGCUUACGAGUCCUGGAAGGCCACGAGGAGCUGGUGAGAUGCAUACGCUUCGAUAACAAGAGGAUAGUCAGCGGAGCAUACGACGGGAAAAUUAAAGUGUGGGACCUCGUGGCUGCCCUGGACCCUCGCGCCCCAGCAGGGACUCUCUGUCUGCGAACCCUCGUGGAGCAUUCUGGGAGAGUCUUUCGCCUCCAGUUUGACGAGUUCCAGAUCGUCAGCAGCUCGCACGACGACACGAUCCUCAUCUGGGACUUCCUGAACGACCCGGCCGCCCAAGCAGAGUCGACCCGCUCCCCCUCCAGAACAUACACCUACAUCUCCAGAUAAACAACGCUACACCGUACCUCACACUUGCACAGAUGCAGGCACAGAUGUCCUAUAAAAAUAUUUAAGGUGUUGCCAGUCUUCGUUGCUUUGCUCUUAAGCAGAAGAAUCAUUGUCACUGGGCACCCUGCAGAGAGAGUCGCUGCCGGGUCAGGAGGCUGGGGAAGGGGCUGCUGCUUGGAGAUAUAAUUAGGUAUCAUCAUCAGUCUUUGAUAAGAGCAUCUCGCACCUGACUCCGAAGAGCAACUAAAGCGAUGCCCAAGAGGAGACCCGAGUCCCCGCUGUGUUUGUCCAUGGCUGCCUGCGGAUCUGUCUGGGUGGAGAAAGCGGGUGCCUGCAAUUCACCCCCUUGGAUGAACCACAUCAGUAUCUUUCCUUCCGCUCUCGCCCGUCUCUCGAACCUGAGGAGGCUGCAUGUGUGUUACGAGCUUCCUCUGCGUGUCGUGUGGCCGGCGCCCUGCAGGACGGCCGGCAAAGCCUGCCCGAGUCCAGAGCACUCUUCCUGGGAGGGUUGGUGGGGGGGAUGCAGUUUCUAGGCAGGGGGAGAUGACCUGAGGGCAGUAUUUCGCUGGUGAAGGCAUGGUCUGUACCCUAGCACAGGCUUGGUUUGCUUUGAACUCCCACGGGUUGUACCCCAAAGGCAGCGCUUUGCGCCUGGCUUGUAACUUGUUCUGUUAUUCAGGGAGAUGCUUGAGGCUGCAGCCGGGAGCAGAGGCUGGCACCUUCCCGAGCCCUCCAUGCACCCCCUCUCCCCACUGCUUUCACCACCGGGUCAGUCUUAGAGGAGCUGGCCCCAUCCUGCAUGCGGUGGUGCGCUCUCUGCACGUGCAGCGCGGCUGGCCGGGUUUGGACAGGGGCCAAUGGUAGCAAUGCCGCCAGCCGGCAAAGGCAGAUGGGUGCGUUUUCUUGUCGGCUUAUACAGGGCCGUGGCCUGCCUUUGCCGGCGAGCCGCACGAGCCCCUAGCCAGCACAGCACGUGCCCUCAGCUUUUCACACACCCGGCAUUGCGGUGUUAGGAGCAAGGGAUAAUUGACAGCAGGACCGACUCCAGCUGAGACCUGCGAGAAUCAAAACGCCUCUGAUGCGACGGGCACGCAGCAAUUCUCCACGUCUCGGGCCGGUGCAGCCGGAGGGCACCGCGCGUUCCCCCACUGCAGCCGGGAAAGGAAUCGCAGAGGGCCUCAUGCUUGGAUCAGGAAAGAUUAAGCAGAAAUAAUCUCCGCAGUCAUUCCAGCCGCGGCGAAGGGGCUGACAGAUUACCCUGGAGCAGUUUUAGGAGGGCCAGGUCUCUCGCUGCCGGCAUGGAGCAACCUUCGCUCCCCUCGCAGACGUGAACCCGUCCUGCCAGCGCUGAGGACGAAGGGCCCUUUGUCCUGUGGGGGUGGAGGGGAGGGAAGCAGCAUCUGGCCCCCUCUGAGCUUGGCGCUUUGCACCUGGGAGGUUGUUACGUGCAUGUCCCCAUCGGCUUUGCCUUGCCAGGAGUCUGGUUGCCGCCCUGCUUUGGAACCGCGUUUCCACCGGUGAUGUCAGGUAAGCAACUGGCCCCACAGACCCUGAAGAUGCGUCCCAGUAGCCAGCACCCUUUUGGCAGCAGCCAGAAGUCCCCCAAAGGAGGAGACGACGGCGGAGACGUGGAGAACGGUGCUCCCAGAACAGCCCUAAGAGACAGCAUGAGAAUCAGUGCUGGCAGAAACACCCACGCGUCUUCAGAGGGCCCAGAUACCAUAUCAGCGCUGGCGAGGUCCAGUGCAGACAGCGGCACUCGCUCCCCUUGCCCCCGCGCUUGAGCUGCUGUCGUAGGAAGCACAAAGGAAGUCACCUCUGUUCGGUGACCUUGGCAGUGACCCCAGCCCGCAGAGACGCAGGACUUCUGCGUCAAGCCAAGCGCUCUCCCUUGAUGCCUCUCUCUGGGGUGGACUUUGCAAUCCUUACUGACUGGUCGCAGUCGUCGGACACCCUGCAACCCUGGUCCGUCUAGGCGGGGGGUAUUGAAGGAGUUGCGUUUACAUCGCAAAUUGUUCCCAACUGCCUGGAGGGCACAGUCUUGUCCUUGGCUGUACUUGAAUGUCAUUCCUGUGGCCCCCACCAUUGCUCCGUCUGCAGCCUGGUAGCACGUGGGCAUCAUGUAUACGGCGACAGCUGCAGUCACAACAGUGUUUCCUUGCCCCGCAUCUCUCGUCCACCUCUGUCCUUCGGUCACAGGUUGCACUAGAAAAUAGCAACUCUGUGGAUGCUACAGGGGAUCUUCGUGGUUCACCUGGGUCUCUGGGCAGUGACUUUCUGUUUCCAAGACUUCGGAAGACCUGGAACUGGCCAGACACAGCGAACCAUCGUGGUUCGGCUCAGCCCCGCUGCUCAUCUGGACACCCAACAAUGUGUUUCAAGAGGUACCAGGGAUGUUUAACUGCUGUAUAGAUAAGGUACAGUGCAAAUGCUGCAGUCUGUUUUGGCCCGAGGCCGUGAUGCUUGUCUCUGGAGAAGGGGCGAUGUCAGGGUACUUAGAGACCAAACCGCCAGAGAGCGAAUUCCUGCUCCUCGCAAGCUGAAUGAUUCUCCGAUGUCUACGAAGGGUGAUGAAGUGAGCUGGUCUGACUUGAACCCGAAUCGGCCACAGCUCUGCUUUUCUGGUCAGCAUCGAAGAAAUCGCCUGGUAAGUAGGCCUCUGUGUUGAGAGACGGCGGCUCUCCUCAAUUCCCCGCUCACCGUCCCCGUGCAGGGGUGAGGCUUUGCGAUGGAUUCAACGAAUGAUGCCCAGCUGGGCUGGAGGACACACAAGGGUUUUACAAAGCACAGAAAGGAAGCGAGAAGGAGCUAGACGCGCCCGUGGACUUCUGAAUCGAAACGCCUCCACUGCAUCCGCGUUGUUGUUUGUCCCGCAGCUCCCAGCCGCCUUGACCACGAGGGAGACGUGAGACGGAGAGCAGGACAGUCCAUCACGACUCCCAGCCCUGCUUCGAGGGCAACAGGCAGCGGCUGGCUGCGUUGCUGCAAGCAACCCCAUUUGAAAAUAUCCAAGCAGGGAAGGGCAGCUUGGGAACUGCUGGGCCAGCGGGACGCAGCUCCAUUUCCCCCCUUGGCUUUCAGGGAUGGGCCUGCCUGCAAGAGCGGAGGGGUUCGGGGCUCACGAGCGGACACCUCCAGUCUCCCCAAGUGAAGAAAUGCUCCGAGCCUGGUUCUGACGUGGAAGACGGCUUGGCCUGCCCUGUCGCCUCCGCCCUGCUCCUUCUUGCACAGAGAGGAUCUUUCACGUUGAGUUUUGCACGCUCAAGCAACAUGCCUGUUUCUCCCAUCCCGGGCCCUGGCUGCCCCACAAUCAGCCUGAUGGGUGCUCAGCACCAGGUCCGUCACCCGACUGCCCGCUGGUUUCCUUCCUCCCCUUUCAGGUCGUAUUUAGUGAGCACUUGUUCUUGGGCUGACCGGUGAGGGUGAGGAGCAUUGCCGAUGACCUGAAGGCCCGCAGUUAACGAGGGCAGUUGCAAGGGGCGUAAGAGGUCAGAGGAGUUUGUCCCAUACGAUGGGGAGACUACGCUGAAAACACGCCGACCCCAACUUGUGCCCUUGGCUGGGAAGGACACAAGCGUGGGAGAGAGGGGAAUUUGGAGCCCCGCAGAAACCGGUGUUUCCUGGCAUUAGCUGAUGGGCGCGUGGCCUUCGGUCCUCCCAGUCUCAGGAGCAGGAGUGAGCUCCCCCGGGGGCUCCCCAUGUGGCAGGCAUGAUGCAUGUAACGUGCUGAGCUUUGCCCUCCUGUUCCCCGCAGCCCACCGCUUCUCCGGGAAGGGAGGACACCUCCCGGCGGCCUCUCCGGCUUUCCUGCCUGCCGGCUGGGGUUCAGAGCAGGGUCCCUCCCGCUCAACGGAGCAACAGCAACCUCGACAGCAGCGUGCUUCCCCCAUGGCCCCCGCGCCGCCGAAAGGUACUUCCAACCUGGCAGUAGGUGAGCCCUGCACGAAGCUGUCAGGGCUGGAGAAGGGACCCAAUCCUCUGCUCUCCCGUCCGUCCGAGCUCCCUGCGGCGCGUUCGGAUCCUUGCUCGGCCCACGGAGCGGCUCCGUUCCAGCUCCGACGCUUUUGGGCUGGUCGUCGCAUCCCAGCCCGAGCAGGGGGCUGGAUCGGGAGUCUCACCGCUGCUUUGCCUCCGUGCGGGGGGCUGCCCUUUGCCAACCCCACCUGCAGAACAACGCAGCGCAAGAAGACGUCGGCCACCCCAAGCGUCCGGCUGUCCCGGGAGCCCGCCACCCCUCCGACACACCGACCCCCAGCCGCGCCGCAUCCAGCUCGUGCUGGGGGGGACGAGCGAGCACGGCCCCGUCGGUUUUCCGUUUCUUCCUCCGCUCUAGUCGUUCUCUAGGUCCCUCCGUAAUGAGUGCUUUGGAUUUCGUGAUGCCGUUCCGGUGAUGUGUAGUUCAUGUACUAAUGUCCACUCGAGCUAGGCUCAUGGUAACCGUGUGGUAUAUAUACAUUUUUUUUUUUUUUAAUUAUGAUUAUUUUAUUUUAUUUGAACUGUUCGGAAAAUAACUUAAAUACAGCUCUAAGAGGACGCUGCGGCUCCAUGGUUU